AUGCAUGUACUCCACCAUACCUUGAAAUCUUGUUCUUGUUACCCGGGUGUUUGUUCCGCCACGAACACAGGGGGCGCUGUGGGAUUUUGCAACCAUAACUCAAUAAACUUUCGCACCCUUACCCGGCGGAAGUUCCUUGCUCAUCAGACAAUUUCAAAGAUGGCUCUUGCUAGUGUGUUGAACAGUGAUUGUGCGAAUUUUUCAUUUGAAACUAGUCAACCUUUUGGUUUUGGUUGUGGACCCGGACAGAGUGGUCUGGGAUUUGACGCUACCCCGGGAGACGGUCUCAGUUUUUCCGUUAAAAACCCACUGUGUGCCGGAGACGAGGAUGGCGUCGAAAGGAAAAUAGAGUUCCUGCAUGGAACCACCACCUUAGCGUUUAAAUUCCAGCAUGGUGUUAUUGUAGCGGUGGACUCUCGGGCCACAGCGGGCUCCUACAUCGCCUCGCAGACAGUGAAGAAGGUGAUUGAGAUCAACCCCUACCUGCUGGGUACCAUGGCUGGAGGAGCUGCAGACUGUAGCUUUUGGGAGCGCCUGCUGGCCCGCCAGUGCCGCAUCUACGAGCUUCGCAACAAGGAGCGCAUCUCUGUGGCAGCAGCCUCCAAGCUGCUUGCUAACAUGGUGUACCAGUACAAGGGCAUGGGACUCAGCAUGGGAACCAUGGUGUGUGGCUGGGACAAGAGAGGCCCAGGGCUGUACUAUGUCGACUCCGAGGGGAACCGGGUGUGUGGCGACCUGUUUGCCGUGGGCUCAGGCUCCAUGUACGCCUACGGUGUGAUGGACAGUGGCCUGCGGCAGGACCUGAGCGUGGAGGAGGCCUGCGAGCUGGGCCGCCGCGCCAUCUACCAGGCCACAUACCGUGACGCCUACAGCGGAGGGCAGGUCAACCUGUACCACGUCCACAGCGAGGGAUGGACCAGGGUCUCCCAGGAGGAUGUGCUCAUGCUGCACCAGCAGUACAAGGAUCAGGCAUAGUCAUGAAAGCCAAGAGCACAGAGGGGGCCAGGAAGUGGGGAGAGAAUAGGGAUGUUUAGGAGUUUAUUCUGCUAUCUAAUGUUUAAGAUGUUCUGAAAUGUCCAGUGGGGUUGACACAGGAAUAAAAAGGACUGAUCUGCCGAUUGAUUUUCACUCACAUUACUUCUGUGACCCAUUUGACUUGUUGCUAGCUUAAAGCUUUAUAUUGUACAUUUUAACAAUGCCAGUGAGCUCCACUUACCCCGCACAGAGUAUGUUUUGAGGGGCUGCAGAGAAGGGGCCGAUGACUCAAACAUGCUUUAAUUCAGUGUGGGAGUAGUGUGGUGCUUGCCCUACAUACAUUUAAUUUGGAUCCUACCCUGGAAAUCUACAUCUUUCUCAAUAAAACCUGUGAUGUUUCUUUUUUUCAA